AAAAAAAGAAAAGAAAAAACCUCCUCCUUCUCAUUAUUACUCUUUUUUUUUUUCCUUCCAUCUAUACACAAAGAUAGAAAAAGAAAACAUGUAUCAUUUUUCGAAGCUUGCUAGUCGAAAUCCACGACUUUUUACAACAAUAGCUCGAGCAAAUAUAGGAGCUUCGAUACGAUGGUACUCAACUACAAAAAUCAAUGGUCCAGUCAUUGGUAUUGAUCUAGGCACUACAAACUCAUGUGUUUCUGUUAUGGAAGGGAAAACCCCUAGAGUCAUUGAGAAUUCAGAAGGUGCAAGAACGACACCUUCGAUUGUAGCAUUUACAAAAGAAGGUGAAUUAUUAGUAGGACAAACUGCUAAACGUCAAGCUGUUGUUAAUCCAGAAAAUACGAUUUAUGCUACUAAACGACUGAUUGGUCGUAAAUUCAAGGAUCCUGCAGUUCAAGCAGAUAUUCCAAGUGUAUCCUAUAAAAUUGUACCUCAUACGAAUGGAGAUGCUUGGGUAGAGGUAACGGGUGGUAAAAAGUAUUCACCAUCUCAAAUAGGUGCCUUUGUAUUAGGUAAAAUGAAGGAAACUGCAGAUGGAUUUUUGAAUAAAAGAGUCAAGCACGCUGUUAUUACUGUACCUGCCUAUUUUAAUGACUCACAACGUCAAGCUACAAAGGAUGCUGGCAAGAUUGCAGGCUUAGAUGUCCUGCGUGUCAUUAAUGAACCCACAGCUGCUGCUUUAGCCUAUGGUCUUGAUAAGGCGGGUGAUAAAACGAUUGCCGUCUAUGACUUGGGUGGUGGCACGUUUGAUAUCUCAAUCUUGGAGAUUCAAAGUGGUGUAUUUGAAGUCAAAUCUACAAACGGUGACACAGCUCUAGGUGGAGAGGACUUUGAUUCUCGUUUAGUGCGUUAUGUAGUAGAUGAGUUUAAGAAAGAGUCAGGUGGUCUUGAUGUGUCAAGGGAUCGUAUGGCUAUUCAACGUAUCCGUGAAGCAUGUGAAAAGGCUAAAAUUGAAUUGUCCUCAACGGUUCAAACAGAUAUUAAUUUACCCUAUAUUACCGCAGAUGCUACAGGACCAAAACAUAUUAAUAGUAAACUAACACGCGCAAAAUAUGAGACCUUAGUAGCAGAUCUCAUAAAAAGAACUAUUCCUCCUUGUGAGAAGGCAAUGAAGGAUGCAGGUGUUUCAAAUAAUGAUGUUCAUGACGUUAUCCUAGUGGGUGGCAUGACUCGUAUGCCAAAGGUAGUUGAGACGGUUCGAAGUGUUUUCGGUAAAGAACCUUCCAAGUCAGUCAACCCUGAUGAAGCGGUUGCCAUCGGGGCUGCUAUUCAAGGCGGUGUCCUUGCAGGUUCUGUAACCGAUAUCCUGCUUUUGGAUGUCACCCCUCUUUCAUUAGGUAUCGAAACCCUAGGCGGUGUCUUUACACGUUUGAUUAAUCGUAACACAACUAUCCCUACCAAAAAAGCACAAGUAUUCUCUACUGCAGCUGAUGGUCAAACACAAGUUCAAAUUCGUGUCUUCCAAGGUGAACGUGAACUCUGCCGUGAUAAUAAACUGUUGGGUGACUUUAAUUUAACGGGUAUUCCACCUGCUCCUAAAGGUGUUCCACAAAUUGAAGUAGAGUUUGAUAUAGAUGCUGAUGGUAUUGUCAAUGUCAGUGCUAAAGAUAAGGCUACUAAUCGUGAUCAAUCAAUUACUAUUGCUGCAUCUUCUGGAUUAAGCAGUGAUGAAAUUGAAAAUAUGAUCCAAGAAGCAGAAAAGAAUGCAGAAGCUGAUCGUGCUCGUCGUGAUACAAUUGAAAUGGCCAAUCGAGCUGAAUCUGUUAUGGGUGAAACGGAAAAGGCAAUGGAAGACUUUAAGGACCAAAUUGAUAAAGAUGAAGCAGAAAAAUUAAAGCAAAAGAUUGAAUCAUUAAGAAAUGAGACAGUUAAAGCGCAGGCAGGGGAUGUAGAUAUCAGACCUGAUGACUUGAAGGAAAAGAUAGAUGAUCUUCAAUCCAGUUCCUUGAAACUUUUUGAAAUGGUUUAUAAAAAUCGUGCACAACAACAAGAAGGAGAUAAUACAAAUAAUAAUAAUAAUAAUAACCCUCAACAAUAAAGAAAGUUACAUUUGUUAUUUC